AUGACUGCUGCGGGUGUCUCCCCGUCGAGCUCUCCGCGACUCCCCAGUCCUCCUCCUUUCACAGAGGUCCAGAUCGGACCUCAGUCGCCUUCGGUGGGCGAGACAUCUGGCAAAGAUGCAGAGCAGUUUUUCGGGGGCGCCGACGACGAUGGCUCAACACGCAGGAUUCGGCCGGGUACCAAGACUGCUGACAUGGCGUUUGGGCCGCCACUGAUUCCACUGUCGCAGCUUGACUCUCCUUUCCAGCUACAGGAACACCUCAAGGCCUUGUAUAACCACUUCACCAAACCUGAGGGAUCGGACACGGUCAUCCCGAUCAACCGCGAAGUCGCGCUUCAACUCGCCGAGCCCCCAGAGGGUGUUGACCGAUCACUAUGGCUCUACGAGCUGUGUCGCUUUCUCACGAUGAAAGUCAACAACCUCAUCGUCGCUUUCUUCGCCGAGAACCCCCCGUGCUCAGCGCAGACCUGCCCCGAAAUGCGCGCAUCUGAGUGGCAAUAUCUCUGCGCUGUGCAUGAUCCGCCGAAGUCAUGCUGCGCGAUCGACUACUGCUGCCACACUCUCGACUGGGCUACAAAUACGCUCACCUCGCCCAAAUACUUCCCCAGCCGGCUGACGCUGGGCUCCGAUGCUGCCGGUGGCCCACAAGCUAGCAUGAGACAUCUCACCAACAUUUUCCGUCGACUGUAUCGAAUCUUCGCGCACGCCUGGUUCCAACAUCGUGAUGUAUUCUGGGAGGUGGAGGGCCACGAUGGUCUCUAUGUUUUCUUUAAAACAGUCUGCGACCUGUUCAGUCUCAUUCCGGAGGACAACUAUACGAUCCCUCUCGAGGCGGAAGGCCCUGAUGCCGUACAGCCCAAGGAUGACGAACCGGUCGAGAGCAAGCGCCUGACCAUCUUGCGCAAGGAUAAUGACGACCCUUUCGCCGGCGGCGUGGAUAGCAUGGACCCGUCUAUUAGCACCGGUGCUACCACCCGUCGUCACAAACAUAGCCCUUCGACUGGAUCACGCGUCACAACGAUCACGGAGAGCGCGGAAGACCCGGAGGAAGCUCCGCGAUCCGCUGCCCCUCUCCGGGAGGUCAUGAAGGACUCGCCCGAGUCGGUACUGGUACAUCAAGCUGCCGAGGAGGCAGGGGUGACCGAGGAGACACAACAGACACCUGCUGGAACUGCGGAUCCAAUUGCUGCAAUGGAACCCACUGUAUCGACCGAAUCGGCCGAAUCUACUGCAGUCGCACAGGAGGAUGCAAAGGAAGAGACACAGCGACCGGCUGAUCCGCAGGCGGAUUCAAAAGCAGACAAGACCGAAGAGGCUAAAGAGCACGAUGGCGAGAAUGCCAAACCCGAGGAGCCUACCGAGGAGCCUCCCAAAGAGCCUACCGCAGAUCCCACUGCGCCCAUCGAGGAGUCCACCGAGCCCGCUGAGACAGCCCCCGAAAGUGAAGAAGCUUCUACCGACCACAAUUCCAACGAAUCCGUGGAAGCAAAGCCAGAGGAAAAGACAGAAUCCUUGUCAUGA